AAGAUCGAUUUGUUCUUUGUUUGAAUCCCUUUUAAAUAACUAACGCCUUUUGAUGAAUGUAAUGUAGUUGUCGUUAGCUAUCAUAUAGACUGUCACGUGAAAGUUUUAUCUGAGUAGUUAAUGGCAACAAUGAUCCAAUCUAUCAACGGAAAAGUUACUUUCAUUUCAUUUGGUCGAGUGCAAUCGUCGCGCAUUAUAAAAAAUAAAUUCGACGUUCCCAACAACACUACAUUUCUAGUAUCCAGAUCAUUUAUUAUCAACAUCGACUAUCGACAGUUUAGCCGUUCAGACAAGACAAAUAAAAGAUCGGUAUUUUUAACGUGGGUGGAUGUGAAGGACAAAUUCAAAACAACUCCGUUGUUUUCUGUUUUGCUGUUGUUUAUUUAGUUCUCUUUUGUCAAAACAUACUAUCUUUUGCUACAAUGUUGUUAUUUGAAUGAAGAAAGGCAUAGUUUACUUUUUUUGACUCAAUUUAUAUUUUCCUUUGAUAUUGUUUGAUUGUUGAACAUUUUAGAUUCUUUGUACUCAUUUGCUUACUCUCAGACACAUUUGUCCGAAAUGGCUCAACAUUCGGGAUUUAAAAUAGUUUUAGUUCGACAUGGUGAAAGUGAAUGGAAUAAAGAAAAUUUAUUUUGUGGAUGGUUCGAUUCCGAUUUAUCCGAAAAAGGUAUCAAUGAAGCAAAGCAAGCAGGAAAGUGGUUAAAAGAUGCUGGUUACACAUUUGAUAUUGCUUACACAAGUACUUUAAAACGUGCUAUUAAAACGUUGUAUCUUAUUCAACAAGAAUUAGAUUUACAUUGGAUUCCCGUUCAUCGUCAUUGGCGUUUAAAUGAACGAAUGUAUGGAGCAUUACAGGGUAAAAAUAAAGCGGAAACUGCUGCGAAAUAUGGUGAAGAUCAAGUCAAAAUCUGGCGUCGUGCAUACGAUGUUCCACCACCAGAACUUGAAGAAUCUAGUCAAUAUAAUCCGAGAAAUGACAUCAAAUAUAAGCAUUUAGAUAAACGUGUGUUACCACUGACAGAAUGUUUAAAAGAUACGGUUGAACGUGCUUUACCUUUUUGGCACGAUCAAAUUGUACCGUCAAUUCGUACUGGUCAACAUGUUUUAAUAUGUGCCCAUGGAAAUAGUUUGAGAGCAUUAAUCAAAUAUUUAGACAAAGUACCUGAUGAUAAGAUUGUUGAAUUAAAUUUACCAACAGGUAUUCCAUUGGUAUAUGAAUUGGAUGAAAAUUUAAAUCCAUUAAAACAUUAUUAUGUUGCUCCAGAUGACGUUGUCAAAAAAGCAAUUGACGAUGUAGCUAAUCAAGGGAAAGCAAAAAAAUAG